CGGCCGCGUGCAAACGAGCGAAGGCUGGGAAACGAUCGCGAUCGAUCAGUUUGGUUCGAAAUGUCCACCGGGUAGCCGUUUCAAACGAGUUUCGUGGUUUGUGCAUUCAUACACUACAGUGCACAGUGCUUCGUCGAACGAUAUCAGCAAGGCAAGAUUGUCAGGUGUUAGUAGAGAAAGAAUUAAGUCUGCACGAUGCAGUGGACGAACGCCCUCAUCUUGGAGUUUUUGCACUAUCUGGAGCAGGAACCAGGUAUAUGGCAUCCUCGCCAUCGGACCUACAAAGAUCGUGUGGAAUUGACGAAAGCUUGGUCACGCAUCCAGGCCAAUAUGAGCGUGAGGAUAUCUGUGGUCGAAAUGAAAAGGAAACGUGAAUCACUCAUGGCCACCUUUAGGUCUAUUAAUAGCAGGAUGAGAAGUUAUAAUAUGACCGGUGAUGACUCUUACAGGACGAAUUGGUUCGCAUACGAGCCUAUGGUUCGAUUUUUGGGGGAUUUAUAUCAUUUGAAGACUAAAGAUGAUACUCAGGAACCGAUUGACGACGUUGACAUAAAACACGAACUACCCGACACGAACAAAGACGACAGCAACGCCUCCACCACAGAAGACUUCUUCGACGAGGACGCCGAUAACGACGCCGCCGUCAGUGUCAGCUCUAAGACCUCCAACACCGACGGCGCUGGCGUCGCGACGACUUUCAAGCCGCCUGCGCAAGAUAGGCAACUGUGGAAGCGAAAGGACGCUUGUAUAUGCGAGAUUCAGAAUAGGGACGAGUGUUCGUUGUACAGUCAGUUGCUGGCUAAAAAAUUGAGGUCCUUUGAUGAGCACGGUAGGGAGAUAUUAAUGCACGAGAUUGAUAAUUUCGUGUUCCAUGCUAAGAGGAAGAAAACCAGUUUAGAAGUGUCCUUGAAAGGUUAUAAUGUCGAUACGAGUAUUUUCCAGGAACAUAAUUUGUGAAUUGCGAGUCUGAUUCGAGAGUACAAUUUUUGUUGAAGUUCGUUGAUCAAGAACUUAUAUCGAUAUUUUCAAGUUGUGGAUGGUUGGGAAUUCAUAUUUUCCUUCUAACAAUUGAAAAUGAAUUCAAAGUAAGAAGUAUAUGAG